GACAAUUGGCAAUACUUCUUCUAACCUCAAAUUUUUCUCAAUUUCAAUUCUGUAAUUUAAAAAAUAGUAUAUAAUAAUCUUCUAAGUAAAACUAUAGGCUGUGUAAAUUCAAUACAAUUAUUUAUUUAAACUUUUAUUCAUAAAUAUAGAAAUGGCUGCCUCAGCACAAAUGAUGAGUGAGGCUGAUCAAAUAAAAACGUUCAAAGAAUUUCUGGUACAAUAUAACAAACUAUCGGAACUUUGCUUUAAUGACUGCAUUCAUGACUUUACAUCGCGAAAUCUUCGCUCUACGGAGGAUAAAUGCACAAUCAACUGUAUGGAGAAGUAUUUGCGAACAAAUCAACGUGUCUCACAAAGAUUCCAUGAAUUCCAAAUGAUAGCUAAUGAGAAUAUGAUUGCUUUAGCUCAGAAAUCUGGCAAUCCAAGCUAAAAAUCUUCUAUAUAUAUGUUAGUAUUAAUUUAUUCUAUUAGUGUUUUUGUUUGAAUGUUGUCAAAUAAAAUGUUGUUGAACA